AUGGCUGAACAGUUAGCAAAAUCGGGACUUUUUGUUGAUGACCUUAAUAAACUGAGGAUAAUAGAUCCGUCAAUAACACAAGCAACAAUAGAUUUUAAAGAAGAAUGUCCUUACACAAACAUCAAGGGUGUAAUUAAUUCUUUGGAUUAG